CCUCUGAUCAGAAAGUCCAAACCUGCUAUACCGCCCGUCGAUGAGGCUACCAUGGGACAGGACAAGUACCACCGGAACGCGCGCAUUGGCGAUACAUAUGCUCGAAGCUCAGAGCAUGCAGCCCUCGAUCGCGAUCGCGCAGAGCUCUUUGCUGGCUACAACCCAUCCAAGUCGCCCUCGCAUCAGUUCGAAGACGGCGGUGACAUGGGGACGGAGGAGGACAUCGAGUCCAUCAAGCAGCAGACGCGCCAGCUCAAGCAAGAGGACGUUGGCUCCACGCGCAACGCCCUGCGCACCGCGCUCGAGGCAGAGCAAGUCGCGCGCGACACGCUCGGCAAGAUCGGCGACCAGUCCGAGCGCCUUGCGAACAGCGAGCGCUAUCUCGACAUGUCGCGGACGAAGGCAGGCGCGGCGGACGACAAGGUCGACGAGCUGAAGAAGCUCAACCGCUCGAUCUUCCGGCCCGUGAUCACGUUUCAUAAGGACGCGAAGCGCGCAGCGCAGGAGGCAAAGGUGCAGCAACGGUAUGAAGAGGAGAGGGAGGGGCGCGCGCAGGCCAUGAUGGAGGUGCGUGGGACGAGGAACAGACUAGAAGAGGCCGGGGGUGCUGGACCGAGGUUUGGCAACGGGAAGGAGAGGAGUUUGGCGGAGCUGGCCAACCGCAAAGAGCAGCGUCAGAGGUACCAGUUCGAGGCGACGGAGAGCGAUGAGGAGAUUGAGGAUGAGCUGGACGACAAUCUGGACGAGAUUGGGAGUGUUGCAGAGCGGCUGAGGGCCUUGGGAUCGGCAAUGGGUGAGGAGAUCGACGAGCAGACGGGUCGCGUUCAGCGCAUUGGGGAUAAGUCUGCAUCGUUGGACACUGGGAUCUUCCAUAGUACGCAGCGCAUGAAGAAAUUCGCCAAGUAGUCACCAUGCACAUUUACCGUAUACAUGUACAAAGUGAUACAACAUGGCUCUUUGUAUACUAAUGUGACCAGGGAACCUGCAACUUCCCCUGCAACCCCAAU